CCUGCAUCUACUAGGUGAGACAUCUUCACAUAGUACAGGAGGAGGAGCCACUGCUUCUACGUCUUUAUGGAAUGCGACAACAGCUGCAAUAAAGUUGUUACAACAUCAACGACCAGGAGAAGGUGGCCUAGGCCCCCUCAACGACCAGGAUGAGG